AUGUCCGAAUUCAAGCAAGUGCUAGCGUCGAUGGCGUUGUUGAGCGUGUGGUGUGGAAGAUUUUUCGGAGAGAGCACUGCUUCAAGCGCAAUCCGCUACCAGAUGCAAGUGGAGGAAAUGAUGCGGGCGAAGGGCAACUCUGUGGUGGACAUGUUCGUGAUGGUGCAGGAGGUGGCGAUGACGGUGUCGUUGACGUCGGAGGUCAUGCCGGAGGCGGCGGUCGUGCUGCUGGCAGUGGCAGUGGCGCUAUACAAUGCCAAGUCCAGUCUGGCAAUGGUGGAAUUGAUACUGGUAGAUCUGUGGCUAGUAGCGGCGGCGGACGUGGUCGUGGUGACCGUGGUUGCCGUGGACGAGAUGCUCGUAGUCGUGGUGGUCGAGGCCGUGGUCGUAGCGUUGCAUCGCGAAGUGGAGACGAAUGUGAAGGUGAACAGAACGAUACUGGAGAUUCACGUGACGAACCUGGAGCUGUUGGAGAGCACCCUACUUCCGCUGGAUUAG